AUGUCCGAGGAUUGUCGUCUCUCUGUGACAUUAGCUGAACUGGGGGUUUUGCUUAAGACCGCCUGCCGACAAAUAGUGGCUUGUUAUUCAGUCUUUUGUCCUAAUUAUCCUCUUCAUCGUCUAUCUAUCUAUCUAUCUAUCUAUCUAUCUAUCUAUUUGAAUAUCUUGCUGUUUCCUGCUGCUGCCGCCGCCGGCCGUCUCUUCGCCGUCGCCGGAUGCGUGUCGCCGGAUGCGUGUCGCCUGCCUCGGCAGUGGUCGGCGACGUUACAUUCCGAGCGAAAUGCCCAUUGCGCACUGAUUAGUAUGAGAUUUCUUCGCUUUCCUUCGCUUUCGGUGCUGUUGGCUUCUGCACCCCGCGCCUCGGCAGUGGUCCUCAACGUCUCAGCCUUUCGCUGCCGCGCGUGUUAUAUUUCUUUUCUCUCGCUUUUACCUCAACUUUCGCUGAUCUCUGCUUUUUUCUCUUCCCACCGCGAUCUCAACGUCGUCAUGCCGUCUAAGCCGAAUGCGCCUUCGCCGUUUUCGCCUUCGCCGGCAUUCCUUCGGAGUAGAAAGCGUAUUCGCACAAUCUUCCCAGAACGCCGCCUACUCUCGCGAUUAACGGUCUCUAAGAACAGCUGUUCGAAUAUUCUCCUCCAGAACAAACCUCUUGGCUCGCUCCCUCGCCGCAUCUGUCUCUGCUACAGAUGUAACCCUUUAUCGCUCGCCGUAUGUCGUGGAGGACCAUCGUGUCUCGGCAGGCAGAUGUGA